AUGAUCUACAAAGCUAAACACAGUAUUCAUGUUAGAGAAAUAAAGACUCCACAUGUCUGCCUUCAAGCUCCAUUUGCUCCCUCUUCAGGUUAUUCAAAGCUACAAUUCUCGCCGUUAUCACCGGCAAAGCCACCACCAGCUGGAACGCAAUUGAAAAUAUCAAGUGUAUCAGAAACAUAUUCGACAAAACUAUCCAAGGAAGUGAACGAAAUUAUAGAAAAAUUAAGGUCUAAUGACAGAAGAACUCUUGAUAUUGGCAGCAACAAUAUAUCAGCUGAAGGGGCAAAAGCAAUUGCAGAAGCCUUGAAAACAAACCAAACAUUAACAGCUCUUGAUAUUGAGAACAACAAUAUAUCAGCUGAAGGGGCAAUUGCAGAAGCCUUGAAAACAAACCAAACAUUAACAGCUCUUGGUAUUAACAGCAACAAUAUAUCAGCUGAAGGGGCAAAAGCAAUUGCAGAAGCCUUGAAAACAAACCAAACAUUAACAACUCUUCAUAUGUACAAUAACAAUAUAACAGACGCAGGGGCAAAAGCAAUUGCAGAAGCCCUGAAAACAAACCAAACAUUAACAACUCUUGACAUAAGGAGCAACAAUAUAUCAGAUGCAGGGGCAAAAGCAAUUGCAGAAGCCGUGAAAAAGUAUAAAGUGUGUAAGGUGUAUGACUAG